AUGGAUCACUUUCAUCAACACAUUGCGGAAAACCUACGCGAGGGCAUCAAUGGCGAUGGCGAGAAGGUCCCCUACGUUAUACCAUCCGCUUUGGACAAUUACUGGACAGAACGACGUGUCGAUGCCAUCUUGAACUCUCAACAGCCUCCAGUCGCAUCAAGUCCAGAUAUGAUUAUCAGCGAUUUCCCUCGUGUUUUCUCUAUCCUGACGCGCAUUGGGCAACCACAAGAAAUUGAGUGGUUAUGUUCUCACGUGAAAGGCCUUGAUGACCGCCGAUUACCCUUCGAUGAAAGUUGUUUCCCCACGACUUGCAAAUGGGCGGGUGAUUUCCUACAAGAGCAGUGGAUGUUCAUACCUCUCUUCUUUCCGCCAGACAAAAUCUUCAGUCGUGUCGUGCAUCCCAAGACCAUAUUACCUGUUACUUAUAAGAGGCAACUCACCCAGAAACGUGGCGGACGCGAUACAGCCACGUUGUGGGAGGUGCAAGUACAUCCUGGAGGAAGGCUGGCAACAUCAGAAAACCAGCCUGUUGUGUUCAAGGUCUACGAGGGCGCUGGGACAGAAGACCUCUACAAAGCCGAGACAGAUGUUUACCUUAAGCUCCGCGCCAAGUACAAUAAGUAUAUCACGCAGCACCUUGCUUCCUUUUCAUUUCUGGGAAAGAGGAGACACAUUAUUGUUCUCGAGUAUGCAGCCGGAGGGUCCCUCAAGGACUUCUUCAAGAAUACACCUAUACCUGCCAGCCCGAACGAGUUCCGAUUACUGUGGAGUAGGCUGCUCAAGCUUCUCGAUGCUCUGCAUGUUCUGCACGAUCUCUACCGACCGGAUGGGGCUCCAAACUGGUUCCUUGCAGGGGUCCACCAAGACAUACAGCCAGCAAACAUCUUAGUUUUCCCUGAAAAAGAUAAAGACUCUCGCUUCGAUGUAAAGUUCAAGCUCACAGACUUUGGAUUGGCUGAGAUUGGCAGAAUCUCGACUUCAGGUGGAAAGUUGGCAACAGAGAAUAGGGGCAAUAGGAUGUACAUUUCUCCCGAGAGUUUUGCCAACUUCUCAGUUCAGGACACUGUCCGAACUGAUCUACCACCAACAGCAGAUAUAUGGGCUCUGGGCGCCGUGUUUAGCGAUGUGCUUGUCUGGUCGAUUUCUGGUGAGCCAGCUCGCGAACAGUACCGCCUCCGAAGAAGAGCAGAGAUUUCUUCCCAGCUUCACCUGAAGGAACGUGAUCACGAUGCUUGCUUCCACGAUGGAGUGGACCGCCUUGCCGCUGUUGAAGAGUCUCAUAAGCUAGCACUUCAAGACAAAAGAGGCAAUGACAAUAUCUCGCCUUACAUGAGUGACAUCAUACUAGAUUAUAUGCUCACUAGUGUGGAUGAGAGACUGACGGCGAUGAAUAUUAGGAUCCGAGCGGAGAAGGCGAUCAAGAACAUGAAAGAAGACUCACUCGAUGAUAGCCGGGCGGUUGCAAAUGGUCGGCCUGCGCAGCUACGCGCUAUAUCUACAAGCAGACGACGAACUGUGCCUAACCCAUCCCUACGGAACCUUCCCCAGGCACCCGAUCUUGGGCUACCAGUUCGACCAGUGGCAAAUCAUAUCUGUGCUUCCCCCAGGGCCUCUCUCGAUCACUCUUCUGCGCGACCUUCAUCACCAGCUCCAUCCGUCACCCAGGCUACGUCUCCGCCAGUGGACAACGGUCAACUUCAAAUGCAGACACCAAAAUCUCCGCCGGCAGUUGUGAAGGUUACAGUGGAUGAAGUAUAUCGAAUGAUGGAGAAGACCAGCCUCUCCGCCUUCCCCACUUCAAUUGGGAUGAGACCAGAUAAGUCGAAGGAGAUAAUGAAGCUCCCCGGAAUGGAAGAGGCUCGAAUCAAGAUCGCGGUGGCGAGAGGUAGAGACCAGAUCAUGCUCAUUGAUAACUUUCGAUCAAUGGGACCGUAUAAGCCAAAGGUGAUUAAGACAGCGAGGGUCAUCAGUUACGUUGCAAAGGCUGUUGACGAGGACGGCAUGGAGCUUUAUGCUGCAUCAGAAAUCGCCAAGAAGCCACGGAAAUGCAAGAAUAGCUCGCAGAUCGAGAAAGCUAUCACCAGAAUGCCGACCGUCGACGGGACCUGCAACAUGAGAGGUUGUCUGGACACAAUCCUCGAUCGGGUGCUUGUCGGAAGAAAGGUCAAACCCACGAGCAUCUAUAUCUAUACCGAUGGGGUCUGGGAACCUGGGGUCGAUCAGGUCAAGUUUUCCAUCAAGAGGGCUAUUGAAUACCUGAUCAAGUGCGGGCAACCCUCUUCGACACUGAUGUUUCAGUUCGUCCAGUUCGGGAGUGAUACCGAAGGGACUGGCCGGCUGAAAUUUUUGGAUAAUAAGUGUGUAAGAGUGGUAGAGGAGGAGAGUUACGAUAUUGUGGACACCAAGCAUUGUGACGAUCAUGUUCCAAAUAUCGUUGUAGGGAGCUUUUCGAGAUAUGCCGAUGAAAUGGGGUCUGGUGAAGAGGGUCAUUUGAAGAUAUAA